AUGGCAUCGACAAUGCAGCUGGAGUUCGCCCAGGCGAUGUCCGAUUUUAAAAUAAUGUUUCCCGAUAUGGAUCGAGAUGUUAUUGAGGCAGUGUUACGUGCCAAUCAAGGAGCUGUGGAUGCCACCAUUGAUCAGCUGCUUCAAAUGUCCACAGAUAAUCAGAAUGAAAAACUACGCAACGAAUUGGAAAAUGUUUCGCCCCAAAGAAGCCUCAUCAAUCUAAGCGAUAGCGACACAGAAGCCGCCAGCCGUAACCGGCAGCCGGCCACAGGCCAACUUAUUGAUGUCGAUGAUAUUGAUGGCAUUAGUGGUGGUGGCGUGGUGGACAAAUCUUUACCCUCCGCUGGAGUUCUAUUGAAUAUUGGCACCAAUUCACCAAAUCACAGCACAACAGGAGCAUCUCCCAAAGUAAGACCGCCGGCUCAACUGCAAUCUCAAAAAUCCUCACAGGGUAGCACACCCAAACGUUUGCAAACAAAUCGCAGCCAGACUACAGGCAUCAAUCGACGAUGGAACCCACCCAUGUUGUUGCCUCUACCCUCAACAUUUUUACGGAUCAACCCCGUUGGCAGUGGCGGCGGCAAUACAAUUGCCCUGCCCUACGAUCCCAAUCGAGAUUUCGAUUUGCCCGAUGAACAGUUUGCCAUGAUGCUGCAAAAUGAGGAAUUCAUGAAUCAACUGCGCAUCAAUCAGGAGUUUAUGAAUGCCCUGGAAAAGGAGCAUGCCGGCAAGGGGAAGCCAGACGGCGAUGCUGAUUUCAAGGAACGUUUAAAGCACAUGGGAAAAAUGUCACGUAAGAAAUUCCUACAAAUGGCAAGAGUAUUUACAUGGCAGCGCAACAAAAAAGUAACCACAGCCAAACAAAUUGAUUCGUUGCCAUUGAAAGAGGAACCCAGUGAUGAUGAGGAAAAUCACCACCACCAUCAUCAGCAGCAGCAGCAUCAACAACAGCACGCAAAGAGUAAAACUUCCAGUGAUCAUUCUCAUACACAAAGUUCCCAACAACAACCACAACGCAAGCUUGUUAUAAUUUCUAAAGACGACGGUGUUUACUUUUUGGAUAAAAGUCUCAAAAUGAAACGCAAUUAA